CCACUUCAGAGGCAGUUUAUAUUUCAAAAGGAAAUGAUUCCGGCCACCAGGUUGCCCUUAUGUAGGUUGGCUUAUGCUAUUUACUUAAGUGUAGGUAUUUGUUUUUUUGUUACUUGAGAAAUAUCCUUAGGUCAUUGAGACCUGAAUUCCCUUAAAUAAACUGGGAAUGAGCAAAAAGGAUAUCCAGCACAAAGUUUUCCUGUUUGUGAUGUCACCAGCUCGUUGGCCUUUAUAUAAACUGCCAAAAAGUUAGGAAGCCACUGAGUUUCAGAUCCCUGAGACAGAGCUGAGGGAAUUGCAGCAAGGGGCAUCCUUCCAAAGGCACAGACAGACUCAGGACCAGACGAGGGAUGGAGCUCAGCUUGAUGCUAUUUGCUCUCACUUGUGUAGAAUGGAGCAAGGCUCUACCUGUAUCCUUCCCUGCACUAUCUGCCAGCUGGGGCAAUCCCGACAGACUCAUACACCUGUACACGGCUACCGAAUGGAACAGCUUUCACCUACAGAUCGGUUACGACGGACGAGUGGAUGGGUCCCCCCGCCAAACCGUUUAUAGCGCAGUAACUAUUAAAUCAGAAGAAGCUGGCUACGUGGUCAUAGCUGGUGUUAAAACGGGCCGAUACCUGUGCAUGGAUAAAUAUGGAAAUAUAUUUGGAUCACACUACUUUAGCCAGGACGACUGCGUAUUCAAGCACCAAACUCUAGAGAAUAAGCAUGAUAUAUACUACUCUCCAAAACACGGCUUCUUGCUCAGCCUGAAGACACCCAAGCUGCGCUUUCAGCCAGACAUGGCCCUGCCACCCUAUUCACAGUUCUUGUCCAUGGAGAAUAAAAUCCCCAUCAUCCGCUUCAACACCCCAGAACCAGUCAGGCACACCAGGAGCGUGGACGACUUCUCCGACCCAAAUCGGAUCAUCACCCCCAGGAAGACCGGCUGGGACUAUGCAGCUCCGAAUCAUAACCCUUUCCAAGAUGUUUGGUUACCACACCCUAAAGAUCCAGUAAGGAUCAACCAUAAUGACAUGGUAGACCCCGACGAUCCAGACGGCAUUGUUAAAUUUAAAGGACAUCGCAACUUUAAGAGGUAGCCAUGCAACAGUUUGGACUCGAUAUCUGCUGACAAAUCUCGUAUAAAGCUUUAACACGGUUCAUAGGCUGCGGCUCAACCCAAGUGCAAUCGGUUAUCAGUUCAUAUCGGUUUCAGGUUGAUUUUUACACUUUGUAUAUUCUGUUGUUCACAUAUAGGAUCAUUUGGGGGUGCCGAAUGGUAGGUUUGGCACAGAAGAACCCCAGACCGGUAUUGUUCUUUACUAAACACUGGCAUAGGGUUUCAGGUAAGCAAUUACAAUGACUUAGGGUUCCCUAAUAUUUGGCCCCCCAAAAUGAUAUCCUAUAAAAUGUUGCAAUGGCUCUUCAUAGUUUGGAAUUCUUUCUAUGUUCUACAGCGCUCUAGGAACUGGUUGCUUACCCCAUUACCCUAGCAACCAGCCUUAAAUGGCAAGCUGCAAGAUAAAUAGGACAUAAGUAAACAGAUAGGUCAUUAAGAAUAAUAGAAAAUGAUAAAAACCAAGCCUCGGCAUGAAAGUACAAUUUUAAUUUCAUGUUAAGCACAGAAAAGUCAUUUUGAAACACAGAAAAAAAGGCCAAUCACUGUCUACAUCAUACUAAAACCAAUGACCCCCCCCCCCUUAAGUCCAGAUCUUUAUUGUAAAGCCUCUUAAUUGCAUUACAAUAUAUAUAUAUACUGCUUUUAAAGGGGGUGGUGGCUGCCAUUGGUGGUUUAUCAGGAGCCACUUUCCCUUUAAUAAGCUUUGCAGUUGCCACCCUGCCGAUCUCUGUGCCCCAUUCCUUUUACAGAUCCCUCAGCUCCUUCCCAAAAGGUUAGUCAGUCAGUUGACAGGGACCAAAGUCCAAAUGGAAACAUUACCCCAGACUACCAGGACUGUGAGCAGUUACCAGAAUAUUGACGUCAACUACUGAGGCAUCUGGGAAAGGAGCUGCAGGACGGUCUGUAGCUGAGGGCUACACGGGGAGGCACAGAGUACAAGUAAGCUAACUGUCAGUGUCGGACUGGCCCACCAGGAUACCAGAAAAACUCCAGGUGGGCCCAGGUGUCAGUGGGACC